UCAGUAUAGCGUUAGCAUCUAGCCAGUCUGAACUCACAUUUCGUUUCUUUGAAAACAGCUGCAGGUUACGCUGUUAGUACAGUUUUCUGUAUGUACUAUUGUUUUUGGAAAUGACGUCUUAAUAUCACAAAACUUCUCCUGUCAGUGGUGAAUGUGUUGUCAUGCGCUAAGACACGAAGUUUUGGACUACAAGCAUGUCUGUUUUUAUCAUCUCUAUGCCUUUCUGCGGUUCCAAAAUUGGGAUUUAAACUCCGCUGUUUGUCAGCUGUCCUUCCAGUUACAGCCAUGUCUGACAAGCACCACUGUUCAUGUUGCUCCCACCCCGUCUCCUCCCCCAGUGUUCAUCAGACUCUGGAUGAAAUGGAUUUUGAAAGAGGUAUCUGGUCAGCUGCCCUGGAUGGAGACCUGCAGAGAGUCAGGCUCCUUGUCCAGAAGGGGACUGACCCGAACAUGAAAGAUUCAGCUGGGUACACAGCUCUGCACUACGGGAGCCGUAGCGGACAUCUCGCCGUGUGCACGUUUCUCCUCGAGAGCGGCGCGUGUCCGUCCCCUCAGACUCCGGGCGGGGCCACUCCGCUCCAUCGAGCAGCGUACUGCGGUCAUCCGGACGUGGUUCGGCUGCUUCUGCAAAGCGGUGCAGAUCCCACCCUCUGUGAUGACGAUGGUGCGAAUCCUUUGCACAAGGCUGCAGAACAGGGCCACGCUAAAGUGUGCCAUCUGCUUCUCAAGCGUUGCCCGGCACUCUGCAGCCAGGGGAACAAGAAGCUCCAGCUGCCCUACCAGCUGACACAGCAGGGAGAUCUGCAGGAGAUCCUCAAACCACCCCGGUCAUAAUGGACGGAGAUGCUAACAUCUCACACACACACGCACACAAGAUGAAAACCAUACAUGAUGAAGACUGAGUGUGGGAAUCGGUGAACGUGGAAUAACAUUUUUAACCUCCGGCAUUGUUCCAGUCUUUGAUCUUUAUUUCACCGCCUUUGUAUCGUCUGUACUUCUCAAACUUCAACAAAACGUGCAAACGUUUCAAAACCUCAUUUUGAAUUCAGCCAAUGAGUUGAUUUUCUGAUUAAACUUGGUUCAGCUUC